ACCUGAACUCACCUGAACGGCCAUCUUGAGCUGCACCGUCAUAUCGUGCUCCUCGUCUUUCUCCCGCGAGUCGCAUUUUCCGCUCGUCCUUGUAGGCGACCGCGUCGCAUGCGCCGUUGCAUGUGCAAGUCUCGUUGCAGCAUAGUGAUUGCCGGUAACAUUCGUCGUUCCAAUCGUGCUUCCACCUGGUUCGCUUUCUCCACCUUUACGUAUUCCUUUGAAGCCCUGUGUUUUUAGUGACGUCACUAAUAUUCUCUUACGGAGUUUUUCGUGAAGCAAGGAAGUGUGUCAGUUACUUUGGUGAGACUCAAGAUUCCGUUCUCCGUUCCGGGCAGAGUUAGAAGAAACGACCGGUGUGUCGCUUGCGUGGAGGAAAGGUGCGAUCUAACCGGUGAACGUAGCUGAACGUUCAGCCGCACGUAAAUGUCACGGACGACGUCGCCGACUGUCUGAUUGCGGAUACGAUCGUGCGAUUGUUUUACUACUCCGGAGUGUGCGGUGAGGGAUCGGCGAUGAGGGAACAGCCGGGAAGCGAAAUCAAAUAACCGACCGGUCGCUAAUCCCCGCUGAUCCUGGAAGAGACUUGUGUCCGCGAAGGGAAGAGAGCGCGGAUUUAAUCGCGAAAUCGUGUCGCGUCGCGACAUGCGCUCGUCGUUAGCGCAGCGAAAGUAUUGUUCUUUGUUCGCCAAGUUUCCCCUGAACGGACUAUUCGCGUGACUCGCGUGUCUUGCACACAACAGUCUUAUUGUCGUCCAACAAUUGGACGAUGGAGAGUAACUUCUAAGAUCGACGACCUUUUACCGACGCUCCACGCGUCGCAGAAGAAUCGACGUAGUCUCGGGUAGAUCGGCGAUUCCUUCAUAUCGCUGUGACGUGUGCGGUUGAUUUGCGUGCGGUUAAUGUCACAAUCGAAAACGAUUUCACGAAGGAAAAAUCGCGCAAACGACGGACGAGUUCGCCUUGACGAUCACGACGAAGGAAUUGGUAACUUUGCGAUACCGAGAUGGGUUCAAAGAUAGAGUACGUCGAGUCCUCUCACAUGUACGCGACCAAUUACAUCCGCAACUCCAAGGCGAUCGGAGUGUUAUGGGGUAUCUUCACCAUAUGCUAUGCCAUUAUCGGUGUCGUCGCUUUCGUCACACCGGAAUGGCUGGGCGAUCUCGAGCACGAAAAUCCCGGAAGAUUUGGUCUGUGGACCAGAUGCAGCUACGGCGGCAACGGUGAGCUAGGUGAGGAAUGUAUCGGCCGAUUGGACGACCUGUCGACGAUUGCCAAUGUUCCUUUCCGGGCCAGCACGAUUCUAGUCGGCAUCGCCGUCAUAAUAGCGCUGCUUGCAAUCUGCGCGAUGCUCAUGUUCUUCUUCUGCCAGAGCACGACCGUUUUCUACAUGUGCGCUUGGAUGCAGGUUGUAUCAGGAAUCUGCAUGGCCGUCGGAGUGUUCGUUUACCCACUCGGCUGGGACUCGCCGGUGAUUCGCGCUGUGUGCGGCGCGGCCGCGUCCAGAUACAAUCCCGGCGCCUGUGCCGUGAGAUGGGCGAUACCGCUGGCUGCGAUCGCGGCUCUGGACGCGGGCACCUUGGCUGCCCUUGCCUUUAUAUUGGCCUCCAGACACGUGAGGCUCCAGCCGGAACCGUUCAACAAUGGAUCCUUGUACAAAGGCGAGGUGAAUCCGGGCUACGUCAACGAAGCGCAGAGCGUAGCCGGCUCUCGCAAGUCCUUGUCGCUAAGGCCGGUCCUCCUGGUGGCACCGCCAGAACAGGACCGCUACAGCGAGCUCUCCAGGGCGAAGUCGCACUCGCACCACAGCCUCUACACACCGGCCCCGUCGCACCCAGUGCACACCAUGUCCACGAAUACUCUCAAUCACUCACAGCACAACUUCCAGCUCUGAGACUGAGUUUUGACACCGUCGCGACACGGAGAUCAAGUGGGCCCGCUGUACAUAGCUCGCGAGGAGCAGCGAUACCGUGUACAUAAGUGUGAAACGGUAGGGAGUCGUGCGUGAAGAAGACUCUAGGUCUGCACGGUGGUUGAGUGCAGCCGUGACAUGAGCCACUUGUGGGUGUUGAGUCGCGACGUAUGAGAAAAACGCGACCGAAUCGCUCGUCGAUGAUCGUUAUCUCGUUUCUGUGCCGUGAAUAUUUUUAUCCUAACUGUAGGUAUGUAUUUGGCGUAUCUCGUCGACACGGUGUCGAAGAGAGAUGUGUUUUCCGUAUGCUACUGACUAAUAUAUCUUGAAUAUAUACGAUUAUCGUUGCAACUGAAACGAUGACUGCACGCAUAAUAUCACGUAUCAGUCAUAUCGAUAGUCGCUCGAUAACGUCGAUUUAUGAAACGUUUUCUUUAUUACUAGGAAACGAAAUAUUUUUCUACUUAAAUUCUCUCUUAAAUCUAUUCCAAGAAUAUAUAUAUAUAUAUAUAUAUAUAUAUAUAUAUAUCUCAUAUUUGUAUUUAUAUAUUAAUAUAUAUAUAUAUGUUUAUGUACAUGUAACUUUACAUUUUACUUAAGCGACUUCGUACACUCUCGAGAAUUGUAUAUUAGAUCCUCUCUCUAAACGCGUGGUGCUACACAAGAUAAACGACGAUUUGCAUCGGAGAAUUACUCUAGAAAUUUUAUAAACAAUCCGUGCCGUAUUAUCGGAGCAGUAUAUCAAUCACGUUGUAUAAUUAUGUAAGAUUCCAACUACUCAAUGACGUGCCUUCACGAUGUAGUGUUGAGAAUAGUUUUGAAUUAAUAAUAAGAUAAAUCUUUUUACCACGAGAACACGCCACUUUGCGAAUGUUUUGCGUACUGAUGACGGUACGCAUGAUGCCGCGACCAACUCGACCGAAUGAUGUAAACAA